AUGGUUUUUACUCUUCUGGGUGCCGAUGACGUACAUGUAGAUGAUUUCUGUCCCUCUUUUUCAGCUGUGCUGUGUGAGAGCCGGGUGGUGAAGGUGGUUCCUGGUCCAUUGGUGCGUGUAGAGGGGCAGACUGUGUCUAUCCGCUGUAAUGUUUCAGAUUAUCAGGGUCCCAGAGAUCAGGACUUUGAGUGGAGCUUGGUUUUGGAGAGUGGAGAUGUCCAGCUGGUUUCCACUUUUGAUGCCAUGUACCCAGACAGCUCAGUGAAGGAUCGGGUCAACAGCGGAGACAUCACUGUGAAGAAACUGUCAGAUUCCUCUGCAGAGCUGACGAUUCGAAAGGUCCGAGCCUCAGACAGUGCCACCUAUCGCUGCUCCACUCCCAGCACUGACUCGGUCACCAGUGGGAACUACUAUGCAGAUGUGGAACUCAGAGUGAUUGGAGACACGCUAAGGGUGGUUGGAGCUGUUCCUCAGCCACUUGUGUCCGAGGGCCAGUCGUUGGAGCUACACUGCAAUGCCAGCCGGGCGUACACAGUAAACACCUUCCUGUCCGUCACCUGGUCAAUCAAAAAAGGGACCAACCCCCUUGAAGAGAUCUUGACGUUUGGGCCGGGCUGUGAGAUGAAGGUGGGCCAAAAUUAUGUCCAGCGCUAUGCAGAUGGUGCUCUUCUUCUGGACCUACCUGGGGGAGGUUUCUUCGGCCUGGUCUUAAAGGGGGUGAGGCCACAGGAUCAGGGUUCAUAUGUCUGUACAGCCAGGGAGUGGACAAGACAACCUGGGGCAGGAGAGAACUGGCACAAGAUUCUGGAGAGGAGUGAAGAAAUGGGGAACGUUUCAGUCAUGCCCUUAGGUCAAGACACCUCUGCCAUUGUCGUAGCUCUUUCCGUUUCCUUCACUGCUGUUCUGAUCACUCUUCUAGCUCUGCUCUACUACAGCCGCUGGAGGGGGCACAAAGACAUGGACAUGACUUUUACCAUAGUUGAAUAUGCUGAAGAUUAA